AUGUCACUUCCACAUUCGGACGAUCUCUAUAAACAUAUAGCACAACCACCCCCUGACUUUUCUAAAGUCCCUCCAUUGUUUAGAAGUACACCUUUAAUGAGACAUCACAAUGCAUCUAAACCUCGUUUGAUAAAGGAAACUACUGUUACAAAACCACAAAACAACACAAAGCACACUUCAUUAAAAUUAUCUGGUUCAAAGCCAAUUCCUACUUUCAACAAACAAGCAACAUUUGACACAAGUGAAUUAACAAAGUUAUUGGGAGAAAUAAUGGAGGAAAAAUUACAACAAUUAAAAAAGGAUGAGAUAGAAAGGACAGAAGUUAUUGGAGGAAAUCAAGUUCUUGCCAACCCAGUUCAAAAUGAAUUAAAAAGAGAAUUAGAAAAAGUAGAAUCAGAAUUAAAGUUAAAUAAUGAAAAAAUAAAAAAUAUUGAAAUGGAGAAACAGUCAAUAUUAUUUGAAAAUGAAUCAUUAAAAAAUCAACUCAAUGUACUUAAAAGAACAGUUGAAACAACUAAUGGAAAUUGGGAAAUGGAAAAACAAAUGAAUGUAAAUGCACAAAAUAAAAUACAAGAACUAUUAGAAACAAUUCAAAGUCUUAAUAAACAAAAUAACUUUUUACAAUCAGAAUUAGAAAAGAUUGAAGAUAAAUUAAUUCAUUCAGAAAAAGAAAGAAGGAAACUUCACAAUGAAGUAAUGGAAUUAAAAGGAAAUGUAAGAGUAUUUUGUAGAGUUCGACCACCAUUAAAAAAUGAAGGGAUUAGUGUUGAUGUAACUGAUAAUAAUGCUGUUAUCGUUAAUUCAAUUAACUUUAGUGGAAAAAAAGAAAAAAUAAAAUUUGGAUUUGAUAGAGCAUUUGAUAGUGAUUCAACACAGCAAGAUAUUUUUGAAGAAAUAAGUCAAUUAGUUCAGUCAAGUCUUGAUGGAUAUCAAACGUGUAUUUUUGCAUAUGGACAAACAGGGAGUGGGAAAACUUACACAAUGGAAGGAACAAAUGAUAAACCUGGAAUGAUUCCACUUACUGUUCAUAAAAUAUUUACAACAAUUGAAGAAUUAAAAACAUUAGGAUGGCAAUUUAAAAUUAAUGUUAAAUAUGUUGAAAUUUAUAAUAACAACAUAUUUGAUUUAUUAGUAAAUGGAGAAGAAUCAAAAAAACUUCAAAUUAAAUAUAAUGGGCCAUUAGUAAUAUUACCAGAAGCAAAUGUUAUUGAAGUUUUUGAAGCAGAAGAAGUUGAUCAUCUUAUUAAUAUAGCAACACGGAAUAGAGCAGUUGCAGCAACUAAAUGUAAUGCACAAUCUUCAAGAUCACAUUCAAUUUUUAUGAUGGAUUUAUGUGGAAGAAAUAUUGGGUCAAAUGAACAACGAUUUGGAGGAUUAACAUUAGUAGAUUUGGCUGGUAGUGAACGAUUAGAUGAAAGUGGAGCAAAAGGAGAACGAUUAGAAGAAACAAAAAAUAUUAAUAAAAGUUUAAGUGCAUUAGGUGAUGUUAUUGUUGCUAUUGCAAAUAAAGAUAGUCAUAUUCCAUAUAGAAAUAGUAAAUUAACAGAACUUCUUCAAAAUUGUCUUGGAAGUGAUUCAAAAACAUUAAUGUUUGUUAAUAUUUCAUCUGACCAACAAGAUACAUUAGAAACAAUAUCUUCAUUAAGAUUUGCAACUAAAGUAAAUACAUGUGUAAUUGGAACAGCUAAACGACAUGUUCAAUAA